AGUUUUAGGCGAUAAGCAACUCUCUCAGCAGGCCGUUCAAUUUUGUUGGUCUUUGAACGCUUGUUGAAAGACAUAUUGCACGAAAUAUUCGUUCAAUUUGCUGGAACGGUUUGUUGUUGUUUCUUCUCUUGCAAAAAUAGUGUGAAAAUUAAGUGUUACCUUUACAUAGAGAGAAAAUUUGUUGUUAUUCUACGUGAAGUAGAAGUAUUGUGCAGAUUAACUGAGAAAUAAUGGCAGAACUGGACAAGAUCGAAGUUCGCGAUAUAACUCGAAUUGAACGCAUCGGUGCUCAUUCGCACAUCCGAGGCCUAGGUUUGGACGAUGUCCUGGAAGCUCGUGCCGUAUCGCAGGGAAUGGUGGGCCAGAAGGAGGCUCGGCGUGCUGCUGGAAUAGUAGUACAAAUGGUGCGUGAAGGAAAAAUUGCCGGUCGAUGUAUUUUACUCGCAGGAGAGCCUAGUACGGGGAAGACUGCCAUAGCCGUUGGAAUGGCACAGGCACUAGGAAACGAGACUCCUUUCACCAGCAUGUCUGGUUCGGAAAUCUAUUCACUGGAAAUGAACAAAACUGAGGCGCUUUGUCAGGCAUUACGUAAAAGCAUUGGGGUUCGGAUUAAGGAAGAAACCGAAGUAAUAGAAGGCGAAGUUGUGGAGAUUCAGAUUGAUAGACCGGCAACCGGAACGGGACAGAAAGUUGGUAAAGUGACCAUUAAAACAACAGAUAUGGAAACUAAUUACGAUUUGGGUAACAAGAUAAUCGAAUGCUUUAUGAAAGAGAAAAUUCAAGCCGGAGACGUCAUUGUUAUCGACAAAGCGUCCGGUAAAGUUAGUAAACUGGGACGAAGUUUUACCAGGGCAAGAGAUUACGAUGCUACCGGAACACAAACAAGAUUUGUGCAGUGUCCGGAGGGAGAGCUCCAGAAAAGAAAGGAAGUGGUACAUACGGUGUCAUUGCAUGAGAUUGACGUAAUAAAUAGCAGAACUCAUGGGUUUUUGGCACUGUUCUCUGGUGAUACUGGUGAAAUCAAGCAGGAAGUACGCGAUCAGAUAAACAGCAAAGUUAUGGAAUGGCGCGAAGAAAGCAAAGCAGAAAUCAAUCCCGGAGUGCUAUUCAUUGACGAGGCUCACAUGUUGGACAUUGAAUGCUUUUCGUACCUCAACCGGGCUUUGGAAGGCGAAAUGGCCCCAAUAGUUGUUAUGGCUACUAACCGCGGUAUCACCAAGAUUCGUGGCACGAACUAUCGCAGUCCACAUGGGAUUCCGAUCGAUUUGUUAGACAGGAUGAUAAUUAUUAGAACCGUUCCUUAUACUGCAAAGGAAAUCAAAGAUAUUUUAAAGAUUCGUUGUGAAGAAGAAGAUUGCCAAAUAAAAGACGAUGCUUUGAUGGUACUGGGUCGUAUCGCCACCGAGACGAGUCUACGGUACGCCAUUCAAUCUAUUACAACAGCUCACUUGGUCAGUAAACGACGCAAAGCAGCAGAGAUCACAGUGGAAGAUAUAAGAAAAGUGUAUUCAUUGUUUUUGGACGAGAAACGCUCCAGUCAGAUCAUGAAAGAAUAUCAAGAUGAGUACAUGUUCUACGACGAAGAAUUGGCAAAAUCAGAACAAGCCAUGGAGACGAGUUAAGUACUCAAUCAAGUAGAGAGUUGAACGUUCAUGAUAAAUUCCAUAAUUAAUUAAUCUUACGAAUGCUUAUCAAACUAAUUGCUUAAUGACACGAAGAUCAGUUCAACAAGUCAAUAAAAAAAAAC